UGAAAUUCAUCGUCACAUUAAAUUCAACUUUUGAAUGAAAUAGAUUUUCCAAACUUCACCAUGAAGUUCAUUUUAUUAUUUUCGUUGCUGGUUAUAAAUUUGUCAGCGCAAGCACGGAGUAUCAAUAUAGGAUAUCGUGUUCGUCGAGCGGAUGAUGUCUCAAACGAACCAACUAAAAGUGGUGAACUGUUGCUCAAAAAUUCGGUAGUAGGACCGCCAAAAGGCGCGCCACUCAUAACAUUGAAUGUAAACUCGAAACUCGACGACAGCGAUUUGAAUGAUAUAAUCAAUAAGGCAAACAAAAAGAAAGAAGAAAAUAAAACCGAAAUUUCGAAUGCAAAAAAUGAGAAAGAAACUGAAAAUCAAAAUGAAAACAAAUUGGAGGCAAAAAGUAAAAUUGAUAAUAAAAGUAAAACGGAUGAUAAUCAAAAAAAUGAUAAUCAAGAAAAUGAUAAUUCAACUACAACUGAUAAAUCGUCAAAUGAUGGGAGUAAGAAAGCAAAUCCUGAUAAAACAAAAAAUAGCAAUAAAGAAAAUAAUUGAAAACAAAAUAACGGCGACAAUACAAUUUGCGAAUCAACCGAAAGUGAUCACGGUUGAGCAAAUAAUUCAGCGACAGCUAUUUAACCAACGGAUAUUGAUUUUCUUAUAUGAACGACACAUAAAAUGAUACUUACUUAUGUUUAAGCAAUAUUGUUUCAUUCAAUCUGUGAAGUUUAAUUUCAGGAAUAAUUACUUGUAAAAUUGAUGUGUAUUCUGUACGUUGUCUAUUUUCGAUUUAAAAGUGAAAUGACUUCGUUAAAUAUAAAAGUUAAAUAAAAAAAAUCCAGAAAAAUAUAUCUUCUUCUUCUGUUCACGCAUUGCAUAAA